UUCAUCAUGAUAAUCCACAAGCUUUAAGACUUUUUGGAAUGGAACUUGCUCCGGCUGCCACUUGUAUGGCUCCCGGAAUUACAGGAGGUGGAUCAGGAAGACCUAAUCCUUCACCAUGCCUAGUACACUUUUCUUGUCUUGUUCCGAAGGGUGUUGUUUUUGCUUAUUUAAGAGCUGGCAAUGAUGCGGUGGUAAAAACCAUCCAAUUUGAAGGACCUACAAACAAUGAUAUUCCUUUAAUAAGAUUAGCAUGGGGAAGAAGCGGUGAUAAAGGAGAUACCUGUAAUAUUGGUAUUAUAUCUAGGGAACAAAAAUAUUAUCCACUUCUUAAAAAGACAUUGACUGAAAAGGAAGUCAAGUAUUAUAUGACACAUUUAUGUAAAGGUAUAGUAAAAAGGUAUGAAUUACCGGGUUGUAAUGGAUUAAAUUUU